CUCCGGGGUCAGUCACUUGUCACUGCUGAGUGCCUGCAGGAGCUGCCUGGAACACCAACGUGCAGAGUGACAGAGGUGCGUGGAGCUGAAGGAGGUAAUGAAGGACCAGAAGCAGCAGACCUACUGGCAGGAAACGGGCCGAUGGGCGGGCUACGAGGAGAGCUUCGACCCUCAGUCUGGGGUGUGGGCAUCCUCCAGCAUCUCCUACCUCACCUUCAAGAGCCUCAUCCAGCUCCGACGCACCAUGAACACAGGGGUGACAAUUUUCGACUGCGUGGAGCGAACACUGGCCAGCAUCGCAGAGAAGAUGGUCACCGAGAUGGUAAACAAGAAGGAGAUCAGACCUGGGGACCGGGAGGGAGUGCUCAAAGCUCUGCUUCAGAACCGCAGCCAAUCAGACGACCCAGAGAGACAAGCCCUAACUGACGGGGUGGACCUGCAGAAGUUUUCAGUCAAAGACAGGAGAGAUGACUCUGACAGCGUGGAGGCCACCAUGGUGCUAGUGGGAGCGUUGGAGUUUCUGGAAAGGCCCACAGUCGUGUUUGUGCGUCUGAAGGAAGCGGCGGUGCUCGACUCUGCCUUGGAGGCCCCGGUGCCCGUACGCUUUGUCUUUGCCCUGAUUGGCCCCAACAAGACUGACAUGAACUACUGCGAGACUGGCCGUGCUAUGGCAGCACUAAUGGCAGAUAAAGUGUUCAAUCAGGCAGCAUUAAAGGCAAAGAGCCCCCGCGAGCUGACAGAUGCUGUUGCCGACUUCAUGGACUGCAGUAUCGUCAUCCCGCCCACAGAGAUCCAGGACGAAACGAUGCUCAGCUCUAUUAUCAACUUUCAGAAGAAACUCCUGCAGGACAGGUGCCAGUCCUCUGAGCUCGCUGUCGCCACAGAGUUCAAACCUCGAAAAGUUUCCAUCUCUACUGGUCCUCCACCUGAAGACCCUCUGGCCCGUACGGGUCGCCCAUUUGGCGGGAUGAUGAAAGACAUAAGGAGACGCUACCAGCACUACAAGAGUGACAUAACAGAUGCGCUAAACGCCCAGGUCCUUGCUGCUAUCAUCUUCAUCUACUUUGCCGCCCUGUCUCCUGCCAUCACCUUUGGAGGACUGCUGGCUGAUAAGGUGGACGACAUGAUGGGUGUUUCAGAGCUCCUCAUUUCCACCAGCAUUCAGGGUAUCAUCUUCUGCUUCGUUGCUGCCCAGCCCGUCCUGGUUAUUGGUUUCUCUGGUCCGCUGCUCGUGUUUGAGGAAGCCUUCUUUGCCUUCUGCCAGUCCCAGGACAUUGAGUACAUUGUGGGGAGAGUGUGGGUAGGCGUGUGGCUGGUCAUCAUUGUGGUGGUCAUUGUGGCCUUUGAGGGCAGCUUCCUGGUGCGUUUCAUCUCCCGCUUCACCCAGGAAAUCUUCUCCAUCCUCAUCUCCCUCAUCUUCAUCUAUGAAACCUUUGCCAAGCUCGGGAGGAUCUUUAAAGCUCAUCCUCUGGUUCUGAAUUACGAUCAUCUGAAUGACACUCUGGAGAAUCCCUGGCACUUCAGGGUGGAAGAGGUGACUGUCUAUGACAAUGCUACUGGCAACACGACUGUUUUCAUCAACACCAUCAAGCCAGCUUACCCCAACACAGCCCUGCUCUCCAUGUGCCUCAUGUUGGGCUGCUUCUUCAUUGCUUACUUCCUGCGACAGUUCAAGAACGGCACUUUUCUUCCUGGAAAGAUCAGACGUCUGCUUGGUGACUUCGGUGUGCCUAUUGCCAUUUUCCUCAUGAUUGUCGUGGACUACAACAUUAAUGAUACCUACACUCAGAAACUAGUGGUUCCCAAAGGUCUGACGGUGUCUAACCCAGCCAAAAGAGGCUGGCUCAUCAACCCCUUUGGAGAGCACAAGACUUUUCCUGUGUGGGUGAUGUGCGCCUGCUGUGUCCCAGCCUUGCUCGUCUUCAUUCUGAUCUUCCUUGAGUCUCAGAUCACAACUCUGAUUGUGAGUAAACCUGAGAGAAAGAUGGUCAAAGGCUCUGGGUUCCACUUUGACUUGCUGAUUUUAGUCGGCAUGGGAGGGCUCAGUGCAAUAUUUGGUGUGCCGUGGCUCAGUGCUGCCACGGUGCGAUCUGUCACCCACGCCAACGCCCUCACUGUAAUGAGCAAAGGAACAAAACCUGUGAUUGAGAAGGUGAUUGAGCAAAGGAUCAGUGGCAUCGUGGUGGCGUUGCUGGUUGGUCUGUCCAUCCUGAUGGAGCCGAUCCUGAAGCUGAUUCCCAUGUCAGCCUUGUUUGGGAUCUUUCUCUACAUGGGAGUUACAUCACUCAAUGGCAUCCAGCUGUGGGAUCGUAUUCUGCUUCUGUUCAUCCCUAAGAAAUACCACCCUGAUGAACCCUACGCCACCAAAGUGAGCACAGCACGAAUGCACAUAUUCACCAUCAUCCAGGUGGUGUGCCUGGCAGUUUUGUGGAUCGUUAAAUCCAGCCCAGCAUCCCUCGCACUGCCCUUCAUACUCAUCCUCACCAUCCCUCUACGCAUGUUGAUGACCGGCCGUGUCUUCACUGAACUGGAAAUGAAAUGUUUGGAUGCUGACGACGCCAAAGUGACAUUUGAGGAGGAGCCGGGGCAGGAUGUAUACUGUGAAACUCAGAUGCCAUUGUAAAUGACUUCCAUGACAGCUAUGACACCAGCAAGACUUUUAUUGUGACAGAAUAUAUUUAUUUUAUAUGUGGCUCAAAUGAAUGUUUCAUCCACCUGAGCACAAAUAUGUUUUUUAAAGAUUGAUCUUUAUUGUCGUCUAUCAGAGUAUACUUAGAGUAUAAUAUAUAGAUGGUAAAAAAAGAGGCCAGAAACAAAAAGGGAAAUACAAUAAAAGGUGAGCAGAGCCUAAGGGAGGAACAAGUCUACAUGCCAUUUAGACAUUACUAUUAAUGCCUUUUUUUGAUUUAUACAUUUAUUAUUUUUCCCAGCCCUUUUGAAAAAUGAUAUUCAUUUUAACCUAUAUGUGAGAUUCUCCAUUACUGGUCAGCCAAUGUUUGUUAUCCGCUGCAUCAGUCUUAGUCACAGACUGUUUUCAGGCAGCAAAGUACGGGUCUCCCACAUGCACAGAUAUAGAAUAAAACAAGAUCAGGGAUUUUGUAACCCAGUACGUCACACAGAACAAAAUGUAUACCAUCCCCAAAAAUGUUGUUUUUUCACGCAACUCCAAAAAGUGUGUGUGUGGUUUGGUUCCAUGUGGUGACAUUUUCUCCAGCAUGGUUAUUGAAUAUGCAUUUGUUUACUUUCAACUUUGAGUGUGAUGAAGUAACGAAUUUGAUUCUUCCAAAUAAAAUUUCUCCAUCUCUGUGA